AUGGUGACGACAUAUUUUUGGGCUGAUUUAACGUGUACGACGGUGCAGGCUGGGACGAGGCGCUCUGCAGGUGGCAUCAGCUGUAUGCGCUUCGUAAGGAGUCGGAAAGAAAGUGUGAAAGUUUUGGCGGGAGCAUCAUCGCCAGGAUGACAGUAAAGGAGCCAUGAAAAUGUUCAGUUCGUGUUUUGU